AUGGUGCAGAGGGUAGCGGUGAUCGGUGCGGGGGUUUCUGGUCUGACCAGCAUCAAGGCCUGUUUGGAUGAAGGUCUGCAGCCCACCUGCUUUGAGAGCAGUCAUGACAUUGGAGGCGUAUGGAGGUUUAAGGAGACGCCAGAGCCUGGACGAGCCAGCAUCUACUUCUCUGUCAUCCUGAACAGCUCCAAAGAGAGGAUGGUGUUCAGCGACUUCCCCCCUCCAGCAGAGCUCCCUAACAACAUGCAUCACUCUGAGCUCCUGCUGUACCUGAGGCUGUACGCUCAGACCUUCAACCUGCUGCAGCACAUUCACUUCAAGAGGACUGUGGUCAGUGUGAGGCAGACGACAGAUCUGGCUGUGACCGGUCAGUGGGAGGUGGAGACUGAAGAUGAAGAGAGGGAGAGAGAGACUCAUGUUUUCGAUGCAGUCCUGGUUUGUAGCGGACACUUCACCCAGCCUCACCUGCCACUCAAAGACUUCCCAGGAAUCGAGAGUUUUGAAGGCAGGUAUUUCCACAGCUGCGACUACAGAAGUGCCGAGGGUCUGUGGGGGAAAAGAGUGGUGGUGGUGGGGAUCGGGAGCUCUGGAGGUGAUAUAGCUGUGGAUAUCAGCAGAGUGGCAGAAAGGGUGUACCUCUGCAGCCGGAGCGGGGCGUGGGUGGUGAGCCGUGUGGGCGAGCGGGGUCUCCCUGUCGACAUGGUGGGGGUGUCGAGGAUGGAUGUGAUGCUGCAGAGCCUCUUCCCUUCAUGGAGCGCCAGGACGUUAGAAAAUAAAGUCAACAAAGUGUUCGAUCACCAGCUUUAUGGCCUGAAACCAAAGCACGGGAUCUUUGCACAGAAUGCUGUUGUUAGUGACGACCUGCCAGCUCGGAUCAUCUCUGGACGAGUUCAGGUGAAACCAAAUGUGAAGGAGUUCAGCGGGUCCAGGGUGAUCUUUGAGGAUGGAAGUGUCCUGGACAAGGUGGACCUGGUGGUGUUUGCCACAGGCUACAACUACAGCUUCCCCUUCCUGCCUGCAGCUCUGCAGAAUAAAACUGGUUACAGGCUGUGUCUCUACAAACACGUGUUCCCUCCCUCGCUGACCCCGCCCACUCUGGCUGUGGUGGGUUUUGUCCACGGGCUCGGUGCUCUCCCCCCAUUGGCCGAGAUGCAGGCUCGCUGGGCUACAAGAGUGUUUAAAGGUUUAGUAAAUUUACCCUCUGAGGCGUCCAUGCUGCAGGACAUUGAGAGGGACACGGCCAACAUGACUCAAAAGUAUGCCUGCUCUGAACGCACCCCCAUCCAGGUAGACUACAUCCCUUACCUGGACUCUCUGGCGGAGCAGGUGGGGGCCCGACCAAACAUCCCCUGGCUAUUCCUUACGGACCCCAGACUGGCGCUGCAGGUUCUGCUGGGUCCCUGCACUCCUUAUCAGUACCGUCUGAGAGGACCAGGUCAGUGGGCCGGAGCCCGUCACGCCAUCCUCACUCAAUGGGAGCGGGUUCUUCAGCCCUUCAGGACCAGAGUGGUACCAGAACCAAAACCAAGACCUUCCCGGGGUCAGAGCUUCAUGGUGGGUUUGUUGGGUGGGGUCCUGCUGUGCUGCUUCUUCAUCAACAAGCACGGCUUCACUCUCUCAUCAUUCCCACUCACAUUAUCUUCUAAAUCUUAA